AUGCACAUCUCUCCACCUUCAGCAACGGUAUCUGAAUUCUCUCCCAGUUGCACGAGCCGCCAGUUCCGUCUGUCGUGGAGGCCCUUGGUUCACCCGCUUGAGCAUCUGCUGUUGGCACAGCAAGGCACAGCGGCUAGGUGUUGCCCUUGUGAGAUCGGUGGCAUGGCGGGCAAGGCUGCGGCUCCUCAGGGGUUGCCUGAUGGCAUCGACAAAGACGAGAUCUAUGAGAUGGCAGCUCAACAAAUGGAGUACCGAGUGAGCCUAUUCAAUGCCAUGGUGGCGACGUGUUUUGACAAGUGCUACGAGAAGAAGUACAAAGAGUCGGAAUUGAAUCUUGGAGAGACUAGCUGUGUUGACAGAUGUGUUUCCAAAUACUGGCAGGUGCGAGGGAUCAUUGGCCAAUACCUCGGCGUUUCUGGCAGUGGGAUGUAG